CUUAAAUUAAAAAAAGGUUUAAUGAUGCAUCUGAAAACGAACUAAAUAUUUUCAAUAUUAUGUUUUUAUUAUUAAAUUAUUUAAAAAUAAAUGAUAAGUUUUACUUACAAAAAUGAAUGAAAAUUUUCAUCGCUCCGACAAAAUAGAUUCAUCUGAAAGUGUCAUCAAAUCAAAAUUCGAUAGGCUUAUUGUGCAUGCGGAGACAAAGGAUGAAUUUUCAAUUCUAUUUUAUCGUAGAAGUCUUCUUUUUACUAUUAUAUUUUGUUAUUUGGGUGUAUCUACCGCCGGAAUUAUUUUCCUCAUUGGAUACUGGUAUCCUAUAGAUCGUUUAAAAUUUACCCAUAACAGAUGCAGUAUUAAAGAAGCGUCGUCGGUACGAAUUAAAAAAAGCGAAGGAAAGCAACGUUUUGUCUGCAAAAUAAAUACCAAGUUUAUUGAAAAAAUUGAUUCAGAAACUGUUGCGAAUGACUUUACACAGUUUGAAAAAAGUUUAGCUGUCCAAUCUAGAAUACGAUACUUUGAGUUUAUGUUUUUAAGAUACAUAAUUAGUGAAACUUGCGAUAAUAUAAUUCCUCUUGAAGAUUCUGAAAAAAUGUGGAAUUUUUCAGACAUUCAUCGUUGUAAGUAUGGAAUAACUGCAAAAUCAAACGCAUUUAAACUUGCAAUUUAUAAUGUUAACCACAUUGACGUUCCAGUGAAGCCUUUUUGGUUAAUUUUUGUUCAGUUAUCUUUAGAUCCUUUUUACAUUUUUCAACUGUUUAGCGUAAUUUUAUGGUUCACUGAAGAUUAUACGUUGUACGCUGCUCUUUUAAUUGUUUUGACAUUUUUUUCAUUGGUGAUAAGUACUUAUCAAACAAAAAAAGCAUGGCAACGACUACGCGAUAUGAUUUCUAUGCCAUCAGAAGUAAAAACUUUGAAUAGAAGGACUUCAUCAACCAACUCAUCAUAUGACAUUAUUUUUAAAUCUACCCAAGAAUUAGUUCCUGGAGAUGUUAUAAUUAUUCCUCCUACAGGCAUGGAGGUGCCUUGUGAUGUAGUUUUAUUAAGUGGGCGUUGCAUUGUUAACGAAAGCUCAUUAACAGGCGAGAGCAUACCAAAUAAUAAAACAGCAAUCGACGACGCGUUGGAACCUCACAUGUUUUACAGUAUUAAUUUGCACAAGCAACAUACAAUGUUUAAUGGUACAAACAUUAUACAAGCUCGAACUGAUGCAGGGGAAGAAAAUGUUUUGGCUAUAGUAAUUCGAACUGGAUUUUAUACACUAAAAGGAGGUCUAAUUCGAUCUAUUAUAUAUCCUAAGCCUGUACACUUCACUUUUUUUCGUGAUUCGAUGAAAUUUAUGCUCUGUAUUUCAUCUAUGGCAGUUAUAGGUUUUAUUUACACUGUUGUUAUCUUCAAAGAACAAGGUCUUAAAGCUUCUGAUAUAGUCAAGAAAGCGUUGGACUUGUUUACAAUAUGUGUACCCCCUGCUCUUCCUGCAACAAUGUCUGUUGGAAUUAUGACCGCACUCUGGAGACUAAAUUCUAAAGAAAUAUUUUGCAUUGAUCCAAACAGAAUAAAUGUAUGCGGAAAAAUUAAGCUUGUGGUUUUUGACAAGACCGGAACACUAACUGAAGACAACUUAACAGUUUCUGGUGUAAUACCUGUCAUUAGUGGAAACAUUGACUCCGUUUGUACUAAAAAUGAAAGUAUUCUUGAUUUUCCUAUAUUCAAAGCCAUGGCAACGUGUCAUAACUUGUCAAUUAUUGAUGAACAAAUUUCAGGAGAUCCAAUUGAUAUGUACAUGUUCAAUUUUACUGGAUGUAAAUUGUACGACUCAAGCUUAGAAGAUUUGUCAAGGUAUGAAAAUAUUCCAGAAAAGUACAAGCAACAUGUCAAAUAUUUUGUCACAUUACAAACAAAUGCUAAAUUGAUUUCUGUUUUAAAACAUUUCACAUUUGACUCUGCGUUGCAAAGAAUGAGUGUAAUAACAAUUGAUGAUCUUAAUGAGUUGCUUCAUGUCUAUGUAAAAGGAUCUAUCGACAAAAUAUUGUCUAUGUGUAUUAAAACUAGUAUUCCAACAGAUAUAAAAAAAGAAAUUGAAAAAUAUACUUUAGUUGGUAAACGUGUAUUAGCUGUAGCCAACAAAGAUCUAACUAACGUAAAUAACUGGAAUGAUGUGAACAAAAUUCCUAGAGAGGAGAUUGAAUCAAAUCUUUUAUUUUCUGGUAUAAUUGUUUUUGAAAACGUUGUUAAACCAGGCACACAUGAGACCAUAAAAAUGCUUUCACAAGCAAAUAUAAAAACAAUAAUGGCAACAGGUGAUGACCUUUUGACUGCAGCAUUCAUUGCAAGAGAUGUUAACAUGGUAAAACCGAAUCAAGAACUUAUAGAGCUAUCUAUUUCUGAUGGAAAUGAAGUGUACAGAAAAAUUGAAAACCCUGAAAAAGAAAAAUUCAUCGAGGAAAAAAAAGAAAACAGUGUGGUUGAAAUAGAUCAUUCGUUAGAAUACGACAUGCAAAGUGCAGGAAACAAAUUAAAAUUUUCUUUUGCUCUUACCGGAGUUACAUACCAGACUAUUCAUCAUGAACUACCUCACCUACUUCAUAAAAUUUUGGUCAGUGGAAUAGUUUUUGCAAGAAUGUCUCCAAACCAAAAAACAAUGCUGGUUGAAGAUUUGCAAAAAAUUGGUUACGGUGUAGGAAUGUGUGGUGAUGGAGCUAACGACUGUGGUGCAUUAAAAGCUGCUCAUGCUGGUAUUGCCUUAUCUACGGCGGAAGCAUCAAUUGCAGCACCGUUUACUUCAAAAGUGUUUAACAUAUCCUGUGUUCCCAUUCUUAUAAUGGAAGGGCGUGCAGCACUUGCGACAGCGUUUGGAACAUUUAAGUACAUGAUACUUUACUCGAUGAUUCAGUUUUUGGGUAUCAUCAUUCUUUACUCGGUUUCAUCAUCUUAUUCUAAUAAUCAGUUUAUAUACUCAGAUUUAGGACUCAAUCUCCCACUAGUAUUUUCAAUGACGUUAUCUGGUGCCAGUAACAAACUGAUUAUCAAGCGACCAUUAGGAAAAUUAGUACAUCCACUUUUCAUUAGUGGAAUUGUCUUACAAGUCCUUUUUGUUUUAGCUUUUCAACUUAUUGCUUUUUUUUGCAUUAAAAAAAUGCCUUGGUACUUGGACCAAUCUAAUUUUUCUGCAGAAGAUGAUAUAUUCUUUAAAUGCUAUGAGAAUAGCGCUGUUGUUGUUGUUUCUUACUAUUUGUAUAUCUGGUUAUCUUUAGCUAGUUUAAAAGGCGCACCAUAUCGAGCGUCUUUUUACCACAAUUACGUUUACACCAUAGUUCUUUCACUAACAAUAGCAAUUACUCUUUAUUUGACAAUUUAUCCAGAAAGAAGUAUCUUGAAUGUAAUGAGUUUUAUUGAAUCGCCAUCUGCUGAAUAUCCAAUAUUUUUAAUUGGAAUUGCCUUGUGUCAUUUGAUAUUGGCUCUGAUGCUGGAAAAAUUGUUGGAAUCGAGGCAUGCAAAAACAUUUAUUGAUUGGAUUAGAAUGAAGAAAGAGCCUAGAAACAAAUACAAGCAUAUUUUGAAAGAACUUUGCGAAAACCAGAGUUGGCCUCCAAAAGAGCAAACAACUUUUUUUUAAAAGUACAAAACAAAAAAUACUAUUUAUGCUAAUUAAGAAAAAUAAAAUAUUUGCAUCACAAUUUACUAAAAAGUAUACUUAUUAAAAUCAUAAUUUUUCAAACUUUUUUUUUUUCAUUCUAUUCUUUUGGAUUACAUGAGGUAGCUGAUACAAUUUUACAGUAGUGGUUACAGUUUUACAGUUGUAAUUACAAAUUUUUUAUAGAAAAGAUGUCUCAACUCUCUUUA